AUGGUUAUUACUCUCACGACUCAUAUCGAUGGCCACAGCCACGCCCAGCCUGUCGCCAUCGAAGCUCAGGAAGGUCAGGACCCUGACGAGCCUCCUAUACGACUGCCAAGCCCCACCUUAGAAAAACAACCACAAAGAGAAAAACCGCUGCCCGUCUCGGUGCUUCAGGAUGACGAUACUGCUGCAAACAGUGUUAUUGAUAUCGGAAGCAAAGAUGGCUCUUUCAGGACCCUCGAGUCCUGGGAUGGAAAUCCAGACACUGCACAUGUGUCUGAUGGAAAUGCUGUUGCUGCCCACCUAGGAGUUAAUCCACAACAUGGACUUUCUUCUCCUGAGGCUCUCUCUCGUCUUGAACGGGAUGGCCCUAACAAAAUCGAUGGCUCUGGCAAAGUAUCCAUCGGAGAAGUCUUACUCAGACAGGUCUCCAACAGCUUGACGAUUGUCCUAGUCAUCGCUAUGGCUCUCUCAUACGGCACCCUAGAUUUCAUCGAAGGUGCUGUCAUUUCAGCUGUCAUCAUUCUGAACAUUGUUCUUGGAUUCGUCCAAGACUUUCGUGCAGAGAAGACAAUGCAAUCGCUGCUCAGUCUUGCUGCGCCCUCGUCGCAAGUCAUCAGAAAUGGCAAGAUUGAAAUCGUCAAAGCCGACACGCUUGUCGUCGGUGACGUUGUUAAGCUCGCUACCGGUGUUGUCGUCCCUGCUGAUCUUCGCCUGCUGGAGAGCGCCAACUUGGAAGUCGAUGAGGCUCUGCUCACUGGAGAGUCCCUACCAGCUUCGAAACAUGUUGACAGCAUCCUGAAUGGAGGUAGUGAUACCUCUAUCGGAGAUCGGAUCAACAUGGUCUACUCGGCAACGACUGUCACGCGAGGCCGUGCCACCGGUAUCGUCGUCGCUACUGGAAUGAAGACCCAAGUCGGAAGUGUGGCCUCGCUCCUUCGAGGCGAGGACGCCAAACCGAAAAGUUCAAGUGCCAUUGGCCGCUUCUUCCAGAAAUUCGUUCGUGGAUUCAAAAGUGUUCUUGGACUUGUCGGUACCCCAAUGCAAGUCAAGCUUUCCAAGUUUGCAAUCCUGCUCUUCGGCCUUGCCAUCCUCCUGGCCAUCAUCGUCUUCUCGGCCAACAAAUGGAAGCUUCACAAUGAAGUUGUCCUUUACGGUAUCUGCGUUGCAGUUGCCGUCAUUCCGGAAUCUCUAAUCGCUGUCAUGACCAUCACUAUCGCUGUUGGAGUCAAAGCAAUGGCUCGAGGUAAUGUUGUCAUUAGACGCAUGGCGGCACUCGAAGCUAUUGGAGGUGUCACCAAUAUCUGCUCUGACAAAACCGGAACCCUAACCCAGGGUAAAAUGGUUGCCCACAAAGUCUGGGUCCCAGAAUUGGGAAUGCUCAGCGUCAAAGAUACUACGAAUAUCCUGGAUCCUGAUGAUGGAAAGCUUGCGAUCAAUGAUCAACCACUUGACAAGCUGGAUUUCACUUCUCAGUCGAAAGUAGCACUUCUACGUCCUGUUCUUGAUGCCGUCGCUCUCUGCAACUUCGCUACUGUCUUCAAAUCCAACUCUUCCAGUGGCGAUUCCAUCGACGAAAAGUCAUUCAAUUUUAGCCCUGGAGAAUGGACAGCUAUUGGUGACCCUACCGAAAUCGCCUUACAGGUCCUGGCUAUGAGAUUCGGUCGUGGAAAAGAAGCUCUACUACGUGACGGCAAUAUGGUUGCCGCUAUCGAACACCAAUUUGACUCUAGUCUCAAAAGAAUGUCCGUCGCUUUCAAAAACGAACGAACUGGAGACAUUGAUAUCUUCGCUAAAGGCGCAAGCGAGUCGAUCCUCCCAGUCCUCGAUAUCACCAAAGAAGAAGAGGAAACUCUCAAUCCUAUCCUCGAACAGCUUGCUAGUGAAGGACUUCGAGUCCUCUGCAUCGCCACCAAGACUGUAACAGAGAAACAGGAAGACUCACUCAACAACCGCACUUUCAUGGAAUCGGGUCUCAAGCUUCAAGGCCUUGUCGGACUUUACGAUCCACCUCGUGUUGAAACCCUUGAUGCUGUCAAGAAAUGUCACGGAGCAGGUAUCGUUGUUCACAUGCUCACCGGCGACCAUCUGAGUACCGCUACAGCCAUCGCCCAGAAAGUUGGCAUUCUCGUCCCCUCAACGCAAACCUCGCACUCAGUCAUGAGAGCUCAAGACUUCGAUAAGCUGUCAGACGAAGAGAUCGACGCACUUUCUGCUCUUCCUCUUGUACUCGCCAGAUGCAGCCCCACGACGAAAGUCAGAAUGGUUGAUGCAUUGAGUCGUCGAAAAGCUUUCUGUGUAAUGACAGGUGACGGUGUCAACGAUGCACCAGCCCUGAAGCGUGCCCAUGUUGGUAUCGCCAUGGGUAUCAAUGGUACCGAUGUCGCGAAAGAUGCAGCGGAUAUGGUGUUGACAGACGAUAACUUUGCCUCAAUUGUGAAAGCAGUCGAGGAAGGUCGUCGUCUGUUUGAUAACAUCCAGAAGUUCCUCAUGCAUCUCCUCAUCUCGAACAUCUCCCAAGUCAUCCUUCUCCUCAUCGCCCUCGCCUUCAAGGAUAGCGAAGGAAAUUCCGUCUUCCCCCUCUCGCCCCUCGAAAUCCUCUGGGUCAACAUGGUCACGUCCUCCUUCCUCGCCCUUGGCCUCGGAAUGGAAGAAGCUCAAGCCGAUAUCAUGAUCCGCGCCCCACGCGAUCUCCGCGUCGGUGUCUUCACUUGGGAACUCAUCACUGAUAAAAUGCUCUACGGAACCUGGGCCGGAAUCCUCUGCCUCGUAUCCUUCAUCAUUGUCGUCUUCGGUAAAGGAAACGGCAAACUUGGCACUGACUGUAAUGAGGAUUGGAACGAAACUUGUGACGUGGUCUUCGAAGGACGCGCUACCGUUUUCGCUGUCUUGAGUUUCUUGCUCUUGGUCACAGCGUGGGAGGUCAAGCAUUUCUCCCGCAGCUUAUUCAACCUCGACCCGCGCCGCUUCAAAGGGCCCUUCUCGAUCUUCAAAGCGCUCGUGUACAAUCGCUUUCUGCUCUGGGCUGUCGUCGCCGGUUUUGUCAUCACGUUCCCAGUUAUCUACAUCCCAGUUGUGAACAAGACUGUGUUCAAGCAUAAGAGUAUCAGCUGGGAGUGGGGUGUCGUGUUUGGUGCGUUGGUGUGCUAUAUCGCUUUCGUGGAGAGUUGGAAGGCGAUUAAACGACAUUUUGGUAUUUGGAGUGGGAAGGGACAGGCUAUCGUGCCUGUUGAUACUGCCGUUUAA